CAAAAUCUGCAUGUUUAUCCGCGGGCUUAUACAAGAAGCAAAAUCCUUCCGGACAAGUCCUGUUCUGGUCUUCUGGAUUUGGAUCGCCCGGAUGCCAGGUCCGGUCCGACUUGUUGACUAAACACCUUAUACCUGCCCAGCCUCGAAACCUAAUCCACCCCACCGGUCCGCUGGAGUUCUGGCUAUCACCCUCUCCGGAGAAUCCAAAUCUUACAGUCGUUUCUUCUCCACCGGCAUACCCUUUUGCUGGUUCGCUUCAUUGAAGUUCGAGUUUUUGUGGUUAAACUGAAUUUCCAGUCCGAACACAAUGAGUGGCAGGGGUGGGAGGGAUCGUCCUCAAAGGGACUAUUCCCCUAGAGACUAUCCUCCAAGAUCAGAGGACAGAAUCCAUCAUAAAAGGAGCAACCCUCCUUCAAGACAUCUUUGGAUUGGAAACCUCUCUCAAAGUUUAAGUGAAGCUUCUUUCACUAAUCAUCUUUUGCGUUUUGGGGAGCUUGAAAGUGUUGCAUUUCAACCAGGCCGCAGCUAUGCUUUUGUUAAUUACAAACACGAGAGUGGGGCCUUUGCUGCUAUGAGACAACUCCAAGGUUCUGUUGUUGCUGGAAACGCAGUUAGAAUUGAGUUUGCAAAGGCGGAUAAGUCAUCACCACUAAAUCGAGAUGAGGAAUAUUUGCUACAUCGAGAUGAACGCCCCUCUGUUAGGGGAUCCCCACCAUGGCAUAGGGAAUCUAGGACACGCUACUCCAGUCCUGACCUGCCGUCAUAUAUAGACAAACCGAAGGCAGUGGAUCGAAAUUCAGAACCAAGUCCAGUCUUAUGGAUAGGGUUUCCUGCUCAGCUGAAAGUGGAUGAGUUUGUUCUAAGGAAGGCGUUUUCACCAUUCGGAGAAAUAGACAGGAUUACUGCUUUUCCUGGCCGUACUUAUGCCUUUGUGCGCUUCAAAAAUGUGAUAGCAGCUUCCCGAGCAAGAGAAACUCUUCAGGGGAAACUAUUUGGAAACCCUCGCGUUAAUAUAUGUUUUGCCAACAGUGAGUCCGGGAACUUCAACCGGGACAGAAACUCUGCAAUGGAUUCUCCAUCUCCUCAUUUUAGUCAACUUGGGAACUUCCGACAGGAAAGAAACUUCGGUAAUAAUGCUGCUGGAGAUCGUGACCUGAGGUCCCCUCAUUUUUUCCCAGACUUGGAGCAGCCUCGUGAUCCUAUGGUGGGGGGUCGAAAGGGAAACUUCUGGGAUGUUGAGGAUGGCCCGUUUGAACGAGUUGGGCCACCUGGACGUGGAUAUGAUCCUCGAAGUCCUCCAUCUAGAAAAAGGCAUCAAGAUUUCCGUAGUUUUUCUCCGCAAUUCCGUCACAGAGAUCGGAUGUUUGAUGACGAUGACCAAUGGGAUUUGCCAGAGGAUACAUCACUCUUUCGUGAAGCAAAGAAGCUGAGGGGAAACUCCUAUGAUCCUGAUAAUGAGCUUCCAGAGUAUCCUUUGUCUGAUUCAGCACCGUCCAAGCAGAGGACCUACCACCAUGGUUAUCCACAACAUGAUAAAUCUUAUGACUCUAGGCCUUUUGUUGAGUACAGAAAAAAUCCAGAAGGCCCAGGCGCAUCGAACAACCCCUCUUAUGGCAGUGAGCAUGAUAGGUGGGGUGAAGGUUUUCAGAUGGGUUCUCGUCCUUUGGCAACCAAUCCUGAACGUAAUAGAUCAGCUGCAGCAGAAUCACGCCCGUCACCUGUGAAUAACAAAAACAACAAUAAAGAGUGGAAAUGGGAAGGCACUAUAGCUAAGGGAGGGAGUCCUGUCUGUCAAGCUCGUUGCUUUCCAGUUGGACCACCUCUAGACAUGAAUUUGCCUGAAUAUUUAAAUUGCACGGCAAGGACUAGUUUGGAAAUGCUUUCAAAGCAUUACUACCAGGCUGCUCGCUCAUGGGUUGUCUUCUUUGCCCCGGCAAAUGACCCUGAUAUUGCAUUUUACAAUGAAUUCAUGAAUUACCUCGGAGACAAACAACGGGCUGCCGUUGCUAAAUUGGAUGACUCUACAACCUUGUUUCUUGUCCC